AUGAUUAAUGAAAACAUAAUCAAUAUCUUUCAAAGAGAAAUUAAUAUUAUUGAUCAAAAUGUAGAAUCAAUUGAUGAGAAAAUUUAUUCUGAAUCUAUUUCUCCAUAUCUUCAAAAUCGUUCACUGUAUAGGUUAAAUCUUUUAAAAGAAGCACCUGAUAUUGAUACAUUCAACCAAAUUAUUAACGAGUUUUCGACGGUUUUAUCGUUAACCCGAUUACAAGAUGUAAAAUUAUUUUACGAAAGUCAAAUUGAGGAAAUCAAACAAAUUGAAACAAAAUUAGUUGUUCGAAAUUAUUAUUCCGAAAAAGAGAAGCAUUAUGUAAAGGAAAUGCAAGGUUAUUCUUUUGAAGUGAAUAAAGAAGCUAUUAAUGAUUAUUUUCAAUAUCAAACAUUAGCAGUAGGACUCUUUGGUUUAAAAUUAUCGAAAGCACUCAAUAAUUCAGAUAAUAAACCCGGGGCUACCGCAGCAAUUUCCCCGGCAGUAUUUGCAGCGGUAUUUGCAGCAGUAUUUGCAGCAUCGCUGACAGCAUUGCCAAUGGCCGAAACACUAGAUGGAACAUUAGGAAUUGAAAAGGUUGGGAUUGAAGAAAUUGGAAUGUCGAAACGUUUUUGA